GCGCGCCGGCCGCGCUCUCGCGAGAGGUCGGCGCGCGACCCCGGAAGCGGCGGCGGCUCCCGGAAGCGGUAGCGGGGCAGGAUGGACGACACGCUCUUCCAGCUGAAGUUCACAGCAAAGCAGUUGGAGAAACUUGCCAAGAAAGCUGAGAAAGACUCCAAGGCUGAGCAAGCCAAAGUCAAAAAGGCUCUUCAGCAGAAAAAUGUGGAAUGUGCUCGCGUCUAUGCGGAGAAUGCGAUCCGCAAGAAGAACGAGGGGCUCAACUGGCUUCGCAUGGCUUCCCGAGUGGAUGCGGUGGCCUCCAAGGUCCAGACAGCAGUGACGAUGAAGGGGGUGACGAAAAACAUGGCUCAGGUGACCAAGGCCUUGGACAAGGCUCUGAGCUCCAUGGAUCUGCAGAAGGUGUCUGCAGUGAUGGACAAAUUUGAGCAGCAGGUUCAGAAUUUGGAUGUUCAUACGUCGGUCAUGGAGGACUCCAUGAGCUCCGCCACCACGCUGACCACCCCGCAGGAGCAGGUGGACAGCCUCAUCGUGCAGAUCGCAGAGGAGAACGGCCUGGAGAUCAUGGACCAGCUCAACCAGCUCCCCGAGGGUGCUUCAGCCGUGGGGGAGAGCUCGGCCCGCACCCAAGAAGACCAGCUCUCACGAAGGUUGGCUGCCUUACGGAAUUAAGGUCUCCCGACAUCCCUCUGGACUGCUGUCCCACACUAGGUGCGUGUGGGGAUGGAGAGGGCCCUGGGACUCCUUCCCCACGGCCUCUGCUACAUCCUUGCUCUGACCUACUAGCCAGGCGGAGCCGACCAACCCCUCCUUCAUCGGCACGUUCCCAGCCCUGCCUGGCUCCGGUCAGACUCUUCUUUUACGGUGUGAUGCUGGCGACUUCUUCCAGAGCAGGCAGAGAUCCCGGCGGGGGUUUGCUGAGCAAACGCAGCCUUGCUCUGCCCUUGGAAAAUACUUUGCUGGUUCUGAUUUCAGGGUGUUUUUUGUCUGAGGGGUGCUGCCGAUUUCUCGCGGCAUUCCAGGGCUCUGGACGAGAGCAACAUGCUGCUCCAGGUUUAACACUAAAUGGGUCCUUGUGGAGGUUGGUUGCAGUCUUCUCGGGAGCCGGUGCCUGACUCUCCUCCCCGUGCAGCACGCUUGUUCCCUGUUUCAGGCUGGGCCUCGGCCGUGGGGAGCCCUUUGCUAGGGGCUCGCGGCCGCUGCCUUCACGUGGGGCGGGAGAGACCCGAGGGGUUCUCCUUGCGCUGCGGCUGCUGGGAAGGGGGCUCUGACCCGGGCUGUCCUGCUGCCUGUGGUGGUUCGGGGAGGGUUAGUGCCUUGCAGGAAGGCGUGGUUGUGCCAUGGUGUCUCUUCCCUAGCGGUGACCUUCCCAAGCCAUCAUCACGCCGUUUGUAACUGUUGGUUGGUGCCCUCUCUGCAAACUUCACCUUGCCAAUCGCUAGCGCUCUAUCCUGGCCGGCAAAUCCCCCUGGAUCUCUUUGCCACAAAGUGACCUUUAAGAUGUUUGUCCUGCCCUGCACAAGCACAUGUUUGUUUGUGUUGAAGUACAAAUCCACACAUCCGCCAUCUGCAGCUGCUGAGCUGUGGAAGUGAGGUUUUCCAGGCUGUGACCUCUCCCGUGGCCUGGUCCAAGCCUGACAUCCAGCAACUGGGGCUGGUUCACAGCAGCUUCCACCCCGGGCUGGCAGCCACGGUGACAACAGCCUUGUUCCUAAAUAUCCCCCAGCCGGAUGGGUGUGACAGCAAUGUCAAACCAUCCUGACGGCAUGUGUCCUUGCACUGUUGCCUGGCCCUGGCUCGCCCCUUGGAUAUCUGCUGCCUUUUCCUCUCCGCCGUCCCCACCUUUUUGGCUGAUAUUGCUGUGCUGGAGCUGGCGCGGGGCCGAGCGUGCUGACAGCGCCGAGCUGUGCUGUGCGCAGCUUCGGCUGCGCGGCCAGGCCUGCUGCGGCAGAGCGGGUAUGAUUCAUCCGAGUUUUCUGUUCAAAUAAUCGCUUUUCAAGGAAAUUUGAAGUCAUGCACAGCUGCUGCUUUGGGCUGUGCUCAGAGUGAGGCCCUUUGCUGCUAUUAGUAAGGAAAAACAAGUGUGGGGGAGACGAGAACGGCCCCGUGCAGCCUCUAGUGCUGGCAGGUGCCCAGUCCGGCUGCGUGUGCCGCCCUGCGUGCGCGCUCUGCCCGCGGGGACGGGGGACAGGGCUCGCUCCAGGCCAAGCCCGACUGUGCAGCCUUUGUAACCGAGACGCUUUUCGCUCUCCUGGUUAUUUCUUACCAGUUCAGUGGCCUUGGCAGCGGGUGUCCCAUGGCCCAGAGAGCGUCCUUCCCCUGUGCUUGCCGCUGGGCGGAGGUGGCUGGGUCUGCAGCCAGCGCCGUCCCCCCGGGACCGUGGGGCUGCCUGGCCCCGGCUCCCUGCGGGGCUGGAGCAGCGGUCGGGGCGCCGCGGGGGCCUGGCAGCCGCCCGGGCCUGCGCUGAUGCCACCCGUGGGGCGGGGGCCCGGGACGCGCCCUCCGGCCCCGAGGACAGCCGGCCUCUGUAAACGGUGCGUGCUGUGUUCUCGUUUGGGUUUUUUUAAAGCUUGUUUCAUUUGCCUUUUUCUUCUUUUCCGAACUCCUGUUGAUUACCCUUGCUAUUUUAAAUAAACGGUCCCUGAACGUCA